UUGGGAGCAGGGACAGGGGAUUUUACUUUGUCCACAGCCUGCUGGCCCCUCUUCUCUCAGCCGCGGUCCUGCGGGCUCCGGACCUGUUAGUCCAAGCCAGCAGCCCUGGUGUCACCAUCAGGGUCGGAGGAAGAGGUGGCAGCAAGGUCGCAGUCCGACAGCGGCCGCCCAGCCCCGCGCGCUCCGGGCCCCCGCGUCGCCCGCCCCGCCUGCCGGUUGGAGCCGCGCCCCCUCCGGGCCCGCAGUGCGGAGGUCCGGACGCCGCAGCCCGGCAGGCGCCGGCUCCCGGCCACCGGCUCGCCCAGGGCAGGCGGGCGACACCAUGGGGCAGGCGAUCUGUAAGGAGCUCUGGGAGUCGCUGCUUGACUACAAGACCGAGAAGUACGUCGUGACCCACAACAGGAAGGUGGGCCUGCUCUACAGGCUGGUGCAGCUCUCCAUCCUGAUGUACCUGUUGGUCUGGGUCUUCCUGGUGAAGAAGGGUUACCAGGUCACCGACACCUCCAUGGAGAGCAGCAUCAUCACCAAAGUCAAGGGUGUGGCCUUCACGAACACCUCGGAGUUUGGGGAGCAGAUCUGGGAUGUUGCUGAUUACGUCAUCCCACCCCAGGGAGAGAAUAUCUUCUUCAUUGUCACCAACCUGGUUGUGACCCCUAACCAGCGGCGGGCCACCUGUGCUGAGAGUGACAGAAUCCCCCAAGCCUGGUGCUAUGAAGACUCUGACUGCCCUCCUGGGGAGCCUGUUCUGACUGGCAAUGGAGUGAGGACUGGCCGCUGCCUGCGAUCAAAGAAUAUGAUGGGCAUCUGUGAGAUCUACGCCUGGUGCCCAGUGGAGACAAAGUCCAGGCCAAUGAAGCCACUCCUGGGCGCAGCUGAAAACUUUACUGUUUACAUAAGGAACUUCAUUCAUUUUCCCAGAUUCAACUUCUCCAAGAGUAAUGUGCUGAACAGCAGAGACAGAGCUUUCCUGAAAUCCUGUCAGUUUGGUCCAGAGAACCUCUACUGCCCCAUCUUCCAACUGGGGUACAUAGUCAACUCGACAGGGAGCAACUUCCAGGAGCUCGCUGCGAAGGGAGGUGUGAUAGGAAUUCAGAUAAUGUGGGACUGCGAUCUUGACAAAGCUGCCUCUAAGUGCCAUCCUCAAUAUAACUUUCGUCGACUGGAUGACACAUUUUCAGGAGAAUCUAUUUCCUCUGGGUACAACUUCAGGUUCGCCAGGUAUUACCAUGAUGCAGCUGGGGUGGAGUUCCGCACUCUGUUGAAAGUCUAUGGGAUCCGCUUUGUUGUCAUGGUGAAUGGCAAGGCAGGGAAGUUUGGCAUCAUUCCAACAGGCAUCAAUGUGGCCUCUGGGUUGGCGCUCAUGGGUAUUGCAUCUUUCUUCUGCGACCUGAUACUGGUCAACUUCAUAAAAAAGAGUGACUUUUACCGCAACAAGAAGUAUGAGGAAGUGAGGUUGGCAGAGUCUUUGCAACAGGACCUGGCUACAGAGGCCAAGGACUCAGCAGAGCAGCCAGAGACACAGGAUGGAAACAGUGAUGAGAAGAGGAACGGCUGUGAGUGUUCGCAGCUCCUUCUGUCCAACAGCUUUUAUCUUUGCUGAGGCAGGGAUUGCCAAACUCCUGGUGAGUGCUGAACCUGGAGAAGGUGGAGUCUGGAGACUCAAAGAAUGUAAAUGUGAAUGUGGAACAGAUGCAGAACCUGCAGCCAGUGGAGGUACAGCCGGAAGUGCUGGAUGGGAGCUGAGCUGAUGAAGAUGUUGGGGGCACAACUGUCUGCAGCUCUGACCAGGGAACAGUCGUCUUGUCUGCUUGAGACAGGGAUUCCAGGCACAGCGCUCUCUCUUGCACUUGGGAGCUUGCUCUAAGUUUUUUGUUGCACAGGAGGGCAAGCCUCCCAGUGGCCAGUGUGGCUCUGUUUUG